AUGCUUUAAAAUAAACCAUCUAGGUCACUGUCUCAUCAUACUAAAAUCACAGAUUAUAUGAAAAAAUUUAUUGAAACUAAUUAUCGAGUAUCGAUCCCAUCGUCCAUGAAAUAGAGUAGAUAAAAUAAGCAGAAUAGAUCGAUUGAUAAAACAUCCAAUGUUUUUAAAGUAUUUGAAUGGUUAAAAUAGGUAGACCUUCCAAAUGUCUAGCAGAAUGUUUGUCUGAAACAAAGUUAACACAACAAAUAAGAGAAAGAAAGAGAGUUAUUGAUUCUAAAAGCACUCCAAAAGUAUCAUCAUCCUUGCAUUAUAGAACUGAGACAUCAUUUUAUGAAUAAUAAUCAAACAAAUAUGCUCUUUGAUUUUAUGCCCCUAAAUCUCACUUAAGUAAUUUAGGGACACAGGUAGAGAAAUAAAGAAAUUCCUCUAAUAUUAAUUAAAUCAUUCGCAUUUUAACUUCUAAGAGCAAUUACUUAAUUACACGAAUGCCAAAUCUGUCAUAGGAAUAUACAGCCAGAUAAUAUCCUAAUUAAUAAUAAUACCUUUGAAUUAAGAUUGGCAGACUUUUCACAAGCGAAGUUUUUAAUUGAAGGAGAAGAUUCCAUUAACAACGUUAAUAAUGUAAAAUACAGAGCUCCAGAAUUGUUACUUGGAACCACCAAGUACAAUAACUCAAUUGAUUUAUGGGCUUAUGGCUGUGUAAUUUAUGAGAUGUGGACAUUGAAUGCUGUUUUUGAAGGCAACACACCAGAGGAAGUUAUCGCAGAGAUAAUCAAGAUUCUAGGAGUGCCAAAGAAGCAUGAAUUAUAAUCAAUGAAGAGUUAAUUUGAGGAUAUUAAGAUGCCUCAAAUAAAGAAAAAGGAAUGGGAAUUCAGUGAAACAAUGGAAUUCAUAAAACAGUUUAUUAAAUACAAUCCAACUUAUAGAGGAAAGGCUCAAUAAUAUCUGAAUCAUUCAUUCUUUAAGGAUGUUCUAUCUGGUUAGAUUCGUCUAAAUGGAAGGGAAUUGCCAAAUAUAAAAAACCUUAAACCUUAUGAGUUAGAAAUAUUAAGGCUAGAAUGA